AUGAGUUAUACAUUAUUAGAACCAGUGAUUUCGACACACACAGAAAGCUGUGGAAAUAAUUAUUUAAUAGUUGGUUCCAGCUCUAUGCAAGGAUGGAGACCCACUAUGGAAGAUUCUCAUACACAAAUUCUAACACUACCUAAUGAUCCAAGUGCUGCAUUUUUCGGAGUCUAUGAUGGUCACGGAGGUGCGAAAAUAGCACAAUAUGCUGGCAAGCAUUUACAUACAUUUAUUACUCAAAGACCAGAAUAUGAAGAAAAUAAAAUUAGUGAAGCAUUACAACUAGGUUUUAUGGACAUGGAUACGGCUAUGGCCGAUGAUGAGAUGCUAAAGAAUGACUAUGCUGGAUCUACUGCUGUAGUUGUUUUAAUAAAAGAUAAAGUAAUUUAUUGUGCUAAUGUUGGAGAUUCCAGGGCUAUAGCAUCGGUGAAUGGUUUAGUAGAACCAUUAUCAUAUGACCACAAACCAAACAAUGAAUUAGAAACUAAAAGAAUUGAAGCUGCUGGUGGUUUUAUCAUAUCCAACAGGGUGAAUGGCAAUUUAGCUCUAUCCAGAUCUUUUGGUGAUUAUAGAUUUAAAAAAAAUGACAAAAAAAAAUUAGAUGAACAAAUAGUUAUUGCAUGGCCUGAUAUUGAAAUAAAACCAGUUUCAAAGGACUUAGAAUUUAUUGUAUUAGCUUGUGAUGGAAUUUGGGACGUAAUGUCCAACGAGGAAGUUGUUAAGUUUAUACGAUUCCGUGUCAGCAAUGGUAUGGACCCCGAAUAUAUAUGUGAAGACUUAAUGACUAGAUGUCUAGCACCCAAUGGUCAAAUGGGUAUUGGAUGUGACAACAUGACUGUUUUGAUAGUUUGUUUCCUGGAAGACCGUACUUGGAGAGAACUACAAACGAAAUGCUCUAAACCUAUACCUGAAAAAUCAAACAGCCUUAGUACUUCAAGAAAAAUCAAUAGAAAUUGA